CACUGGUAGCCAGGCACAAUGGACGGUUGCAUCGUUAGCAGUCUUGUUCAAUUUCCCGAGGAUAUUCAAGUUUUGUUGUGUUACAAGGACAACGGGAUUAUACACCAAAACCUUGGCUAAGAUCAUUCAGCAAGACUUGACACGAUUUAUGACUGUUUUUCUUGUUAUCUGUCUUCCCUUUUGUGGUGCCUUGUUUUUAUCUCUCCGUUUCUCUAAAGAGAACCAUCAAUUCAGUGGCUUAGUAGACGUGUUGGAGAGCGGUUUUCGAGCACUGUUCGAACAACGACCCAUCGUGGAAGAUUACGCGGGCUUCAAUUGGCUGUCAAUUCUGCUGAUGAUGACGUACAUGGGGACUGUGAUUGUGAUUCUUCUCAACAUACUCAUAGCACAGAUGAGCACGACCUACAUUCAGGCCAAGAAAGUCGCCCGUCUGGAGUAUGAUGUGGAUCGUAUUUUACAGCUGACUCGCAUGGAGAGAUUUCCUUUUCUGAAUUUACGUGUGAAGUAUUACAAAGAAGGAGAAUGGAUCAGUGAGAAGAAACUUGCGGAAGAGCUUCUGGAAUUCAGUGAAGAUCGCAGUCCUUGGGAGUCAGUGGAAAAGAAGCUUAAUGCGAUUAGGGACAUGAUGAGAAAGAUUGUGAAACAGAUGAGGCCGGAGAAGGAAUGAACAGCUGCCAACUAGGAUGGUUAAAGUGGAAUGAUGUCCUGUCCUAUUUAUUAAUUCGACUUUUUAUCCGUUGCAGUUUGAUUUUAACCUCUGUGAUUUGAAAAUCAAGCUUUAUAU